AUGGAGGUGCUGGAGAGCGGGGAGCAGGGUACCUUGCAGUGGGACCGCAAGCUGAGCGAGCUGUCGGAACCCGGAGACGGCGACGCGCUGCUCUACCCUACGCACUUCUCGGAGCUUCUGGAUGAGUUCUCCCAGAACGUCUUGGGCCAGCUCCUGAAUGACCCCUUCCUGUCGGAGAAGAGCGAGUCCAUGGAGGUGGGACCGUCCCCGACGUCGCCUGCACCCCUCAUCCAGGCUGAGCACAGUUACUCGCUGUGUGAGGAGCCGGGCACCCCGUCACCCUUCAGCCAUGCUGCUCCUGGAGAGACCUUCCAUGACGAUGAGGUGGAGAAUGAGAGCUGGUUCCUGUCUACAGACUUCUCGUCAACAACCAUCAAGACAGAGCCCAUUACAGACGAGCCACCCCCAGGACUUGUCCCCUCUGUAAUGCUGACCAUCACAGCUAUCACCACCCCUCUGGAAAAGGAGGCACGCCCUCUGGACAUGCAUACUGGGGUGGAGUCCUCAUGCCAGACAGUUUUCCCCAAGAUUAAGCUGGAACCUCACGAGGUGGACCAGUUCCUCAACUUUUCUCCUAAGGAAGCCUCCGUGGACCACCUGCACCUCCCACCAACCCCUCCCAGCAGCCACAGCAGUGAUUCCGAGGGCAGCCCGAGCCCCAACCCACGCCUGCACCCCUUCAGCCUGCCACAGACUGCCAGUCCCGCCCGGGCCGGGGUGCGGGCCCCCUCCUCUCUGUCCAGCUCGCCCCUCCUCACCGCCCCCCACAAGCUCCAGGGGUCGGGCCCGCUGGUUCUGACUGAGGAGGAGAAAAGGACCCUGAUGGCCGAGGGCUACCCCAUCCCCACCAAACUGCCCCUCACCAAGUCGGAGGAGAAGGCGCUGAAGAAAAUCCGCAGGAAAAUCAAGAAUAAGAUUUCUGCCCAGGAGAGCAGGAGAAAGAAGAAAGAAUACAUGGACAGCUUGGAGAAAAAAGUGGAGUCUUGCUCAACUGAGAACUUGGAGCUGCGGAAGAAGGUGGAGGUUCUGGAGAACACAAACAGAACUCUCCUGCAGCAGCUGCAGAAGUUACAGACCCUGGUGGUGGGCAAGGUUUCCCGGACCUGCAAGUUAGCUGGCACACAGACCGGCACCUGCCUCAUGGUGGUUGUACUCUGCUUUGCUGUGGCGUUUGGCAGCCUCUUCCAGGGCGCCGGACCCUACCCGUCUGCCACCAAGCUGGCCUUGUCCAGCCAGCACUCGAGGCCAGAGCCCUACACAGCCUCUGUGGUGAGGUCCAGGAACCUGCUGAUCUACGAGGAGCACACCCCUCUGGAUGAACCAUCCGGUGUGGCCCCGCCGGGGGAGCUGGGCAGCUGGGACAGGGGCCCCUCCCUGCUCCGAACCUCGGGGGUGGAGUCCAGGCCAGAUGUGGACCUUCCCCCGUUCAUCCUGUCCAAUGAGACCAGCCUGGAGAAAGCCAUGCUGCUACGGCUUCAGCAGCAUCUGGUCAGCUCUAAACUGGAGGCGAAUGAGACACUGAAAGUGGUCCAACUCGACCCACGAGUGAACACCACCUUCUAA